UUUUUUAGGGCACUUCCUAACAAAUCACUGAUCGAACGAGGUAAAGAGUGUCAAGGCGGCAAGAUGGCCAAGGAGAGACUUUCUAUUGCCUUAUGUUGUAGUGCCACCGGGGAGAAGUUUCAACCCCUGGCCAUAUGGAAAGCUCUGAACCCUCGAUGUUUUAAAGGACACGAUGUGAAAAGGCUCGGUGUUUUCUGGGAGGCGAACGCUAAGGCUUGGAUGACAACCAGCAUUUUCGAGAGCUGGCUCUCGAAGUUUAAUGCGCAUAUGGAACGGCAAAACAGAAGAGUUCUGCUCAUGCUCGACAACGCACCGUGCCAUGGACGUCGCUCUCUGAGUCACGUUGGGCUCCUCUUUCUUCCGCCCAAUGUAACGAGUGAAUUGCAACCACUAGACCAAGGCAUCAUUCAGGCGUUCAAACUGCAGCAUCGGGGUCUGAUGCUCGAAUGGAUCUUGUCAAAAAUGGACAAUUGUCUGACUGCUACUGAGCUUUCGAAGAAAAUUAACGUCCUCGAGGCUAUUCAGUGGGUUAGUCGAGCAUGGAAGAGCGUUAAAGAAGAGACGAUUGUGGGAUGCUUCCGACGUUGCGGAAUCAAAGAUGAUAACCAAAUGGAAAAAGUACCCGCGGUCAUUCCCGAAGCGCCCAAAGAGCUUCCACAGGACAACGAUGACAUAGCCGCGCAACUCAAAGAGAGAAAAAAUGCCCGCAUCAUCAUAUACAAACGAACAGUCGAGACUCUCCGCAAGAUCCUUGAGACGACCAAAGCAGAAUCGAUCGCUCUCACAAAAGAGAUCGACGCGCUGAGAGCCAGCUUGGCUAUCACCGGAGAAGAGCCGCUGGACCGAACGAUCCACUACGCGAUGCUCGUGACGGACGCAUACGGUUAUCUGGACGAGAUGCGGGAUGGGAUCAACUUCGUUUCCACCGGCGAAUCCCGCUCGAGAUCAGAAUGGAAAUUGGCCGGCCAGAGUUUCCAACGGGAACCACCCAUUCAGAGCACUCCGCUAGGACACGAGAGGGAAGAACAAGGCUCGGUGGACGAGGGCCUCGCGGGUGAGGUGGAGGCGAUAGUUGUGCCGGACGAGACGAUCCCGGAGGACCUGUUCGUUGGACGCACCUUCCUGGAUCUCCCACACUUCUCGCUGGCUAGAUUCGAGGACCAGUUUUUCGUCGGCCCUGCCGAGUCUAUCCUCAAUAGAAUUCGCCGAGCACGAACGGAGCGUCCAUCUGUGGUCGAUGACGUCGAGAUCGGGCCUGGCACGGCGGCCCUCGUUCAGGCGAGAACCGCACCUUCGUCGACCAUCGUGGUUCGCGCUCAAGAGCGUGAUUUCGUUUAUCACAGCAACGCCGAGGGGAUGGUUCAGCUGCCAAUAGAGAAUAGAGGGUGGUCCUCUUUGAGAAUCCGGGCUGGAGAGCGCUUAGGACGAUGCAAGGUGCUGGCCGAGGAUGAGUUCGGGUGA